CUAAAACUGCAGUUCAUUUGCAUCUUAGGCAAGCCAAUUCAGUGCUGGAUUCCACAGGAGUUCACUCGUGGCUGGGAGGAAUACGCCGAGAACUACUGCUGGGUUUCCAACACCUACUUCUCCCCCUUGCCCAAGCGCCUUCCACCAACCAUGGCGGACCGCGAAAACUCUCGCAUCCUCUAUUACCAGUGGGCACCCAUCUUGAUGGCCAUCCAGGCUCUUCUCUUCUAUCUACCCUGUCUCAUCUGGCGCCUCUUCAAUUCGCAUUCCGGUUUCAAUGUGCGCCGUAUCAUGCAGAUGGCCAACGACUCCAACCUCCUCCUGCCCGAGCAUGGUGUCAAGAACGUGCGUUUUAUUGCACGCUACAUGGAAGGCUGCAUUUACCGUCUGCGAGACUACAAGCGCGCCGCCCCCAGCAGCACUUCCUCGUUCCCUUAUCGCGGUAUGCAGCGAUACCCCAUGGACACCGAAGUACCCCCACCGGGCUACACCAAAGCUGAAGCGGAGGCGCGGAGAAGCGCGCCGAGUGUCAAGCGCAGCAACGGUGAGCCAAAUCUGGGUCUGUCCUCUUCACGACGCCAUAAGCGCAAGACCAGCUCACUCUGCAGUGGACUCAGACCAUUCGGAUCCUGCUGGUACUCGAGGCCAUCGCAUAGGAGGACACGGAAGCUGCCGUUGAACCCGAUCACGGAGAGCAGUCCAGCCGGGGCGUGUGGCCUGACCUCACCCGCGGAGCGCGCCGAACUCGCACGUCGGGGAGGCAAGUCGACCUCGAGGAGUUACAACUGCUGCGGCAGACGAAGUGGCAACUUCCUUGUUGUGUUGUACUUCUUCGUCAAAGGCCUUUACCUCAUCAACAUUGUCGGACAGCUGAUCCUCAUGGAAAAGUUUAUUGGAACUAAUACUGCCUUCUACGGCAUCCGAGUUUUAAUAGAUCUACUCCAAGGCAGUGACUGGCACACCUCGGGCAACUUUCCACGUGUCACGUUCUGCGACUUUGAGGCAAAAAAGCUGGGCAAAAAUCAACUGUAUACAAUUCAGUGUGUCCUGCCAUUGAACAUGUUUCUGGAAAAGAUUUUCAUCUUCCUGUGGUUCUGGCAUUGUACUCUGGGUGUGAUCACACUGAUCACCUUCAUCAACUGGUUCCUCCGAAUGGGAUUUGCGCGGUACCGCCUGAAAUUCAUUCGCCGUUACCUGAAGAUUAUGAGUGUUAUGAAGGACACCGAUAAGACAACGUCUAAAAAGUUUGUCGAGAAUUUUCUGCGGCCUGACGGAAUCUUUUUGAUUCGCCUCAUUUCCAUGAACGUCGGCGACAUGAUGGCGGGUGACCUGGCCUGCGAACUAUGGCAAAUCUACCGUCACAAGCGGGCGCAGGAUGUCGUAGCCGAAGAGAUGAAGUACAUUGAGCCCAUACCAAACUACCUGGGACACCCACAACCCCCUGGACUGCGGCACCACCACCCUGAGAUUGGCUUCAUCACUGCGCCGGCACCUCCACGGACCUCAGGCGGUGGCGGAAGCGGUGAGAAGGUGGUGCUGUCAAUGAGCAACGGGGACGACAGCAUCGUCUAA